AUGGCAACAGGAUUUCCCAACUUUGGGACAACGAUCCUAAUAUGUUGUCUGAUACUCAUCGUCUUACCAUCACCGACGGCAGCGUUUGGUGCAGGCAACAUCCCGAGUGUGUCUACCAUUGAAGGAAAUAACUUUCGCCAUGGAGAUAUCGAGGAUUACUUGAAGACCAUUGCCUUCAUCAAAGGCCAUAAGUGGACUUCGAUGAUGGUGAAGAGAGUCUACUUUGGUAACUGGUUACGUGAUUAUUCUCAGGCUGUCGAUGUUGGAAGUUUGAAAGGAGUUUCCGCACCUACUAUAAGAAUUUUGGUCUGGGUUCUAAGCUUCCUUUCUUUUGGCUAUGCCACUGAGGAGUUCGAGGUCACGGAUGAACGACUCGGCUGCUAUAGACCAGAGGAGCACAUCGACAAUCCAAAAGACUAUGCGGAUAACAAGGAUGCUAGACAGUACGACCCCCGUCUACGAGGACCAGUGCAACCGGCGGAGCUCGAAGUUGAUAUGCAAACGGGUAUGAAGAAUUACAUCGCCAACGAACAUGGAAACUGGGCAACUAGUACAGGCUACAUAAGAUUUAGUUUGCAAAGGAGUAUCCAUUUCGGGAGACUAUACACGAGCGGAUCUGGUAAUUCUGGUGGAAAAGAAGCAGAUCUUUGUGAAGCUCUUAGAUGUCUAGGACAGGCUCUCCACUGCAUGGAGGAUUUUGGAGCUCACACAAAUUAUGUCGAGCUCGCGCUCCGCGAACUUGGUUAUCAUGACGUGUUCCCUCACACUGGUGUUGCCAGUGAGGUUAACAUCCGCGGUAAACGGUUCUUUCCGUUGGUCACCGGAACUUUCGGAGCUGUGGACUUUUUGCACUCAGUACUAGGUGAAGCAACAGAUCAUUUCACUCAAACCGAAGUUGAAGAAAUGGAUCUUGCUUUGAAAGGCGCUGAACAAGCACAAGCCGGUGGAGGCUUCGGCGUUCAGAACUUCACUAAUCUGCUUUCUCAAGUCCCUGGAGUUGGUGGUAACUUGGCAUCGACAGCAAGAGGUCUCCAGGAAUCAUCUGCUCAGCAACAAUAUCAGAAUCGCUCAACUGUUGGAGACAUCAAGACUUCAUUUAUGGGACCACCUGGCUCUAGCACAGGGCCACCAGGUCCUGGUGUUCCGGGUAUGAGCCCAGAUUUCGACCCUGUUGCAACCGCAAAGAAGAUCUAUCCAAUCCUUGAGUUUAGAGACAAGGUGGUGAGGGCAAUCAGCUCCACCAUCGCAAAGAUCCCUGGUCUUGAGUCUUUGGUUGAGAAGAUCAGUGAGACACUUACAGUAUUCGUCCUCUCACUGCUCGCUCCUUUCGUACGACCGAUCAUUGAUGCUGUAUCCAAAUCGUUGAAGGAAGGCUCAUCUACAGUUGUUGAAGCUAGUGCAAACCAACAAUUUGAGCCAUGGAACGACGCUCACUGCACCAAUCCAACCCACUCCAUGCUAUCAAAAGACCACUUCUCCAACAUACUCAAUGGAGUAGCCGGCAGAGUAGCAACCACCAUUCUCCAAUACGUUACCCCACGUGUUCUAUAUGCCUGGCAAAAUCCAGGUGUUCCAGUUGAUGAAGUAUUGCAUGAUGUACUCCGCGCAUUCCACCACCCAGCCCUACGCGACGAGUCUGUAGAAAUCCAUCGCAACAUGUACAACACCGUACGCAAAUGGACGGAAGAACAACCUGACCGCAACCAACUCAACCACACUCUUAGCUCCGCAUCCGUCAAAGCAGGACGAAACCACAAAGGCGAAGGCGGCGGUUCGAACAAUAAGGGUCUCGAUCAUUCAGACCACUCCCACGGUGCUCUUGGUGGCCAUGGCAAGACUUCUGGAUCCAUCUGGACCGAAAUACAAAGUCGAGAUCUCGGCUCCCUAGGAGGUCAAGAUGGAAAUCCAUCAGUAAACUACAUGGACACCGCCUCCUCAGCGGGCUCACCCGCAACAAGCAACUAUGGCCACUCUCCCAAAUUCGGUUACGCAAAUACUCACCAAAACAUCUCCCGGCCUACAUCCUCCCAAGGCGGCUACCUAAGUGCCAUCCCUCCAGCAGGAUCCUACCAAGGUCACAUGACCGGCCACCAAAACCCUCCUUACGGAGCUGGAGAAUACCAGUCCAACCCGCCGUAUCCAGGUGGUUAUGGUGGUGGUCCUCCUCCACAAAACUAUGGCGGUCAGGGCUAUGGCCAGCAAGGUUAUAACCAACCACCCCCAGGACCACCAUAUCCAGGUGGAGGAGGAUAUUAUCAACAAGGACCGCCUCCACCUCAAUGGCAGCAGGGAGGACCGCCUCCAGGUCAGUACCAGGGUCAGGGACAGUAUCCACCGCAGCAACCGCCUUAUGGUGGUGGUUAUUAG